AUGGUUUGGAGAAGUCUAGGUAAAGUCAUGCUUUACAUUUAUGUCUGCAAUGCCGUAUCACUUGGGUGCAUCUCUUCUUCUGAAUAUCAAAGACAGAACCAGGAGCUGCUGAAGUUUCUACAUGAGAUGGGUGGGAGUUUCCCUGUGUCAUGCAGGGGUGAACUUAUUCCAAGCGUAAGAAAGGUACAGAAUCAUCUUAAAAAGUUACAGAAUCAUCUUCAAAAGGUAAAGGUGGAAGAUGCUGUUUCAGUCACGCUCGCCAUGUUUCAAGAAGUACAGAAACUUUUCACUCGUAAUUUCAGUGCAGCAAAAUGGAACAAGAUAAAAGCUGACAACUUUUUAGAACUGUUGUACCAACAGAGUAACGUACUUCAUCACUGCCUUGUAGAAAAAAAGAUGCAGUCCAAAAACAACAAGGCAGUUAAAGUGACGAAUAAAUACUUCAAAAAGCUGUUGAAGAUUUUAAAACAGAAGGGCUAUGACCGCUGUAGCUGGGAAUUUGUAAGAGACCAGGUCCGGACAAUUCUUCAGUAUUCUGAACCUAUCACAGUUCAGUGA